ACUUUUUGCGCUUUCGAAGAUCGCAAAUUUCAUCGAGCUGUGAGGCAGAGCGGAUGAAUUCACGCUUGAGCUCUGGCAUCAUUGAUAUUCAAUUCGUCUGCCAUUUCUGAAUCUAUCUCCUGGAGUUCCUAUAAUUUUAGAUAUCCCGCGGAACUCAUCCCAAAAUGUUUGCCGUCCCGGGCUGGUCAGUGCCGACAUCAGCCCUCAAGCAGCAGACAGAGGCUGGCUCGAAGUCUGUGCUGCGACAACAAAAUGCGGGAAAGCCAGGAAAUGGCGCUGGAACGCCAGACCAAAAGCCCAAGAAGAGAAAGCGUGGAGAUGGACCUGACGACAAUGUUACCAAGGCGAAUCUGGAGCUGAUGUUCCGACGACACAUCGAGGGAAACGCUGCGAAGGGCAACACAAGAAAGGAUAAGAAGAAGGAAAAGAAGUCUGGAGGAGCCGAUGGGGAUACAGGGACGGGCAUGAAUGCUAUACCAGUUGGACAGCCCAGAGUGAAUGGCUCCAAGCAAGUCGACCGGCAAGAAGCAGCGCAGGAGAAGCAAACAGAGGCCAAUGCAGACAGCCAGGAAAAUUCCCAGAAGAAGAACAAGCGACGCAAGAAGAAUAAGGAUUCUAAACCCACUGAUGAUUCCGUCAACGACCAAACAAAUGGCACCUCCGCGCCAGUUGAGCCACUCCCUGCGGCACCGCCAACGACGACAGCAAAACUGACGCCUCUGCAACAAGCGAUGCGACAGAAGCUCCUAUCUGCCCGUUUCCGCCAUCUGAACCAGACCCUCUAUACUACGCCCUCGACCGAGGCCCUUGAUCUCUUCACUGCGAACCCGGAACUCUUUGAGGAAUACCACGCUGGCUUUUCUCGUCAGGUCAAGGAAUCGUGGCCGUCCAAUCCUGUGGAUGGUUACAUCAAAGCCAUUCGGACUCGCGGUGCAGUACAUCCGAGCCAGAAGAAACAGCAGAAGGCCAACGGAAACAGCAACAGUCCUGUCCCACUUCCACGAAGGCCUAAUGGUAUUUGUACAAUUGCCGACUUGGGCUGUGGCGAUGCGCAGCUCGCUCGUUCGCUGACGCCCUCUGCCAAAAAGCUGAACCUUAAGCUCCUCAGCUACGACCUUCAUACCCCGGACCCUCUCGUCACCAAGGCUGAUAUCUCCAACCUUCCGCUCGAAGAUGGAACUGUCGACGUGGCCAUUUUCUGUCUGAGUUUAAUGGGCACAAACUGGGUGUCCUUCGUCGAAGAAGCCUGGCGGGUUCUCCGCAGCGAUGGCAAGGGCGAAUGCUGGAUUAGUGAAGUCAAGAGCCGUUUCGGCAAGGUGACCAAGAAGAAAUCCCAAAUCGGCGCCAAGAAACCGCUCAGCAAGACUCAGCAGAAGAAACAGAAAAGGAAAGGCCAGGAUGAUGCUGGUUCCGACGUCGAUGACGAUGCGGAUAUCUACGCUGAAGAUGCCCAGGAGACAGCUUCCAACAACGAUGAGACUGACGUCUCUGGCUUUGUCGAAGUCUUCCGUUCCCGAGGUUUUGUCUUGAAGCAGGAAUCAGUUGACAAGUCGAACAAGAUGUUUGUCAAGAUGGAGUUCGUGAAGCAGGGAGUGCCUACGAGGGGCAAGCAUGCCUCCUCUGCGCCAGCCGCUGGACCUCCUGGAAGGAAGUGGAUCACCAAGUUGCCAGCAGAUAAUUCGAAGACACCGGAGGAGGAAGCAAAGGUUCUCAAACCUUGUGUGUACAAAACCAGGUAGAUAUAUUGGGAUUAGACCACGAUACCCAUUGUAGACUAGAUAUCAUCUAUUCAAAAAAGCAGCAUCAUGACAGACUUUGUAGUAAAUGCGUUCUUUUUCUAUUUUCCUGACAUAAAGAGCAUCCAGCUCGUGCGGUCAUAGGUCCAAGCCUUUCCGAGAAGAGACUUCUUAGAACCCAGUCAUUAAUUACUACCCAAGG